AUGGGGGCUGUGAGAUGCUGGAACUCGUUCAGUCUCAACCUCCCCUCCUUCGGCCUUAAUCUUAUCGACCAUCAAUUCCUGGAGCGCAAGAGGAAUAGCCCGGUCGUCUUCGCAAAGCAGGGUGUCGUCUAUGUUAGAGCCAUCGUCGAUGGCAAGCUGGCUGGCAACGCUUUCGCUUUCCGCUGGACCACCGGAGAGAAGAAUGUGUUGUGGAUCACCCAGUUACUGGUCGAUCGCAGCUAUCGAGAGCGGGGCAUAGCGAGGCGCCUCUUGGAUCAUCUCGUGGAGGUUGACAUUGAUAUAUAUGGCCUGAUGAGCUCACAUCCAGCUGCUUGUGUCGCGGCUGCGCGCAUCUUUGCAACAUCUAUCGGCACUAUUUUACUCGAUUGCACCAGACGUUCCGCCGAGAAAGUCAUGAAGUCUUCACCUGUCCCGUAUGUUAAGGAUGCCAAGCUCCGUGGUAGCGUUUUCGACCCAUAUGACACCAGCGGCCUCAUAUCCUCAGUUGAUACCGGCUUCUUCGUCGAUCACACCGAACCUCUCGAAGCCUUAGGACGGGUGAAACAAAUUACGACUUGCCCUUUCACUCACGCCUUCAUAAAUUCGCCUUAA